GUUUAUAUGCAAUUUGAAUGCUGCCACCAUGGAUGAAGAAAUUUGAUAAAGAGCAAUGGCUGAUAAAAAAACAUUUUGCAAAAAUGUGGACUCUGCUAAAUUGGUAAAUGGUUGUACUGAACAUGAUAAUGAAAUACAAGAGAAUGGUGUUUUAGAUUCACAUCUUGAUGUGCAUGCAGACAAUGAUUCUGACUUUGCUAUGGGUGGAAGUUGCAUGUCCCAUCAUCCAGACACUAGUGAACAGACACAUGGGAUUGGAUUGCAAAGAGACUCAAACAGAAAUAAGGAAACACAUAAAAAAGCAACAGCAUGCAAAAAACUUGAACCUCAAAAUGAAUCAGAUCAAGAUGCAGCUCCACGAAUGAAACUUUUUGAAAAUAAUAAUGGAAUAAAUGUUCGUCAUUCAGGUUAUUCUGCAACAGUAUGUGAUGUGUACAGACAUGAAAAUGAUGUCAUUUUUGGUAGAACAAGAGGUUGCGAAGUGCAUUCCUCUCCUGUGACAGUGAUUGUUUCUCCGCAUGUUCAACAAAACAGAGUUGUGGUGUUUAGAAAUGAAUUAAGUCAGCUUGAUCAGUCUUCACCGGUCGAUAUCCCUUAUAGUCAUCAAAUAAAUGGAGAAGCAUUAGCACCUCUAGCCACACCUGAAAGUUUUUCUGAUGAAGAACCAAUAAAUGCCCAAGGAAGAUUACAUGAGGAUCUUUUCAAUUUGCAUGAAGAAAUCGAACAUUUAAACACUGCUGAAGAUGAAAAACCUAACAUAAGUGAAUCUGAGCAUAAUACUAACAGAGAAGUUGUAGAAUGCUCAGACAUUAAAUCUGAACAUUGUCAUAAUGAAUUUGAUAGAGGUGGAACUUUGGUAAGUGUGCCUGAAUGUCAACAGAUGUCUAGCAGUGAAAGCAAUUUAAGUAGUGUUCAUAGCGAGGAUGGUGAGGUUGACAAUGUAACUGUUGAUUCUGUUGUGCACAUAGAGUUGGAACAGUUGGAAGUGUACAAUGAGGAGUUCACAGAGAAAGAUGAUGGUAAUGACGUUGAUGAAGGAAAUGCAAGUGAUAAUAGUGUCGGUCUUGACAACAAUGACAAUGAAAUGGAACUUGAAGAAAUAGAGGAGGCUGAAGGUGCAGUCAAUGUGUCUCUUCCAGAAGAUGUUAAUGGUGAUGAUGUUGGUGAUUUUAUUGAAGCAGACUUGCCUCCAAAUGUUGAAAGGCUUGCAUUCUUUUCUAGAGAUUCCUCAUCGGAUGAAGAUGAAGGGUGUGGUGACGAAGUUUUACUUGCCAACGAAGAAGUAGUUUCUGAUAAUGAAACAAUUGAUCCAACUCUACAUGUUUUUGACUCUCCUAAAAGGGAGGAUGAAAAUAAGAUAAGAAAUGAUAAAAAAUUAGACUUUUGCAAUAUGUUGUCAAAUUCACUUUCAGAAAGAGGUCAGCUUUUUGACUCUGAAAUGUUUGCAUGCAAUAUAUCUUGUGAUAAAUUAUCAGAAGAGAACGACCUUGAUGUGGAUGAAAUGUCAAUGACAUCAGAAAGUGAGGGAUUAAAUAGGGCCAGGGAAUGCUCAAACUGUGCUUUUCAGACACCAAACAGAAACUUGUCUUUCGGAGAUUCUAAUAGUGCUGUGUUAAAUGGCUGUAACAUAUGUGCAUGUUGUGACCGGCCUUUUGUACUUGAUAAAGAAAGACACAAAGAAAUGGGGAUAGAUGUCUGUGAUAAGUGUUUUAAAAUACACAGCAUUGAACAACAAAAUGUGUGGUCAGAAAACUUCAAUGGUGCUAGACGUAAGUCCCACAAAUGUUCAAACUUGACCCCCAGAAAUUCCAGUUACUCGUUAUCUUCAUAUAAUAAUACUUAUGAAAAAAGGAGCAACACUACUCCGUUUGCAAGGUUCAGUAGUAGUGAUAGUGAGUCAUAUGAUAGAGUUUUUAUGUCUGACUCACCAGAGAUGUCCCCGGACCCUGAAAACAGACAGGACCUUGUGUUUCAGGUUGACAACAUGGCUGAUAUUGCCCACAGACCUGAAUAUCAGCAGAAUGGCUCCUACGCUUUAUCGGAGCGCAAUCACAUGGGAAUGCAUGGCCACUCCAUGUCACAGGAGCUGGCAAGUCCUGAGGAAGACAUAUAUUGCCCGUUCUUCACGAGACGAACACAAAGUCUUGACCAGGACCUUGCCAUUGGAGGAGAUGACAGGGGGUCACCAUGUGACAUGUCAGGAAUGGAAAUGACGAGAUCCAACUUCAACAUCAAUGAAAGCAACAGCCAUGAAAAUGAAUUUGAGAACGGAGCAUACAGCAUUUCUCAACAAACCAGUUCCGAUGAAGAAGAAAACAUACGCUUGCCGGGACAUAUUACCAUUGAACCAGGAGCUGCCAGUAACCAUGACGUUCAAUCAAUGUGUAUUGGACAUGAGCAAGAUAUUGUAUCAAACAUGGAUUAUGUGUUCGAAAAUGGCUUCGUGAAUGUUCAUCGCAAGUCUUCAAAACUAAGGUUGGAGGACACAGAGCCUAUCUAUGAGGACAUUGAUCAGCUUCUGUGGGAGGAAGUCUGCACUGAAGGAGAGAAGUCUGACAGACCUGCCUUCAACUCCAAGGUGGGUAGAGCAUGUCGGUCUCGUAGCCCAGUAGGCGAGGUUGCCAAAGUGAUGAUCUGGAAGGAGUAUGAGGCGUAUCUGGUGCAGGUCAAACAGAUAGGGACAUCUGCCUGCGGGCCCACUGCUGUACUCAACGUUCUAAAAGCGUUUGAUUUCCAAGUUGACAAGGAGGAAGUUACUAAGGAGAUUCGCUCAAACCUUCGCAUGGAGGGGGCACCCAUACCUUACUACUUGUUCUCGAGAUACAAUGCUGGCACCACAGCAGAGGAUCUGAUAGAAGGCAUUACCAGGGUAACCAGAGGGGCCAUACGGGGCAGAUUCUUCCAUUUCUACCCCCAGAGAGAUGUUGACUUACUGAAGUGGCUAGGUCACUGGAUAAAGAUGGGUGCUGUUCCCUUGGCAACACUUAAUCUUCAGAAGGGAGUGAAGCCAGGCUGGACAAUCCCAGAUGCCUGGCAUCAUCAGAUGGUGUAUGGAGUCAGCAGCAAAGGUGUGUACCUGACAAAUCCCCUGGAGAUUGUGCCAGAGAGUGUCAUCAUGGAGCAGCUCACCAGUGACUCAGUGCUGCUAGUGCGCAGGCAGGAUGUCGUGACGCGCUUCCGAGACUGGUGCCCCCUCAACGAGAUCAUCCAGCAGAGAGACCCCCGCUGGUGCACCUUGAACGUCCUUGGCCAGGUAGUGCACAUGUUACGGGAGCAGUGCAUGCCUGCAGACCAGCUGCUGUCCAUGAAAUGUCAGCUCACGUCUCACAUACAGAUCCCCGCCGCCUACAAGGCAGGCAUCAGCCUCUUCAUGCGGGCCAACUCAGACAACAUCGACGACCUAAUGAAUGCUCCAGAGUUACCUCUCAAGCAAGAACCAGCCAAAAAAUAUUAGCUGUCCGUGUGAAAAUGCUGUAAACAAGGACUAGCUUAUGCUAUGGAAAAAUGUCCAAAAGUGCUAGUUUUAAGCAUUGGGAAUAUUGUCCAAAAACGCAAGCUUUGACUCAGAGACAAAAAUUCCUGGUCGAAAGUACUAGUUUUUGAGCAAGUCCAUGCCAUAAGUAUACUAUGUUUAGGCAAGAAAUUAUGUCCAAAAUGCACACUGUUUAAUCAAGCAAAACCUUUAAAGCUGUCAAAUAAUAGCUUUGUUCAAAGAGAAAUUGAGGAAAAAAAUGUUCAAAAGGACUCGCUUUGAAUAAUAGUACCCAAGGCUGUCAAUAAAAAUAAGCUUGAAACUAGCAAAAAGCAAAAACAUGAACUUUAUUUAAUAGCAAAAAUAGGAGCAAAAUUGUGAAUUCAGUGGGUUUUUGUAACAAUUAUUAAAUUGAUAAGGAGGUAUCCAAAGAAAAGAUUGACCAUCAUUAUGUUAAUUGUAUCGUAACAUAAACUUUUUUCGAAAAAUUAGGUUCUUUUAAUAAAUGUGUAGCAUAUUUAGUAUAAACACUUUAGCUUGUCUCAUUUUAUGCAGUUUUCAGUUUUAUUAAUGUAUUUUUUUCAUAACACUGCCUUUGAAUAUAUAUUUGUAGUAAGUAAUAAACAUAAUACAUAAUUUUAUAAUUUAUAUUAAUUAUUUCAAAUUAGUACCUGUUACUUAAUUAUGCCCCCCCUUCGAAGACGAGGGGGUAUAUUGUUUUGCACAUGUCGGUCGAUCCGUCGGUCAGUCCGUCCACCAGAAGGUUUCCAGAUGAUAACUCAAUAACCUUUAUGCCUAGGAUCAUGAAACUUCAUAGGUACAUUGAUCAUGACUGGCAGAUGACCCCUAUUGAUUUUCAGGUCACUAGGUCAAAGGUCAAGGUCACAGUGGCUCGAAAUAGUAAAAUGGUUUCCGGAUGAUUACUCAAGAACGCUUAGGCCUCGGAUCAUGAAACUUCAUAGGUACAUUGAUCAUGACUGGCAGAUGACCCCUAUUGAUUUUGAGGUCACUAGGUCAAAGAUCAAGGUGACAGUGACAAGAAACGUAUUCACACAAUGGCUGCCACUACAACUGACAGCCCAUAUGGGGGGCAUGCAUGUUUUACAAACAGCACUUGUUGCUUGUAAAUUCAUAGUUUCUGCUUUUGUGAUUUUUGCAGAAAUGAUCAUAUUUUUGAUUUUGUUAUUUGUGCUAAUGCUAUUACCUAAGAACAACAGCCAAAUCCUCGCACUAAUUUAUGCUGUAUUUAUUCAUACAUAUAUUCUUGUUUGAUAGUUAUAAAGAAAUUUGUUUCCAAUUGAUUUGCUUCUUGCCCUCCAACUGGCAUGUUUUAUGACAUGUUCAGCAAUUAAGUAGUGUGUAACCGGUUGUGUUUUAAAAACAACCAUAAGCUGGAACUUGUCACGUCACACAUGUGACAUGAUUGAUUUGUUGUGUUGUUAUCCAGUGCUUGCAUUUUGAACAAUUUAGUAAAACAUGACAGUCUCUAUAUGAGCCGUGCUCUGUGAAAAGGGGGUUUAAUGCUUGUGCGUAAAGUGUUGUCCCAGAUUAACCUGUGCAGUCCACACAGGCUAAUCAGGGACGACACUUUCCACUUUUAUGAAUUUUUUUUUUGUAAAGAUAGUCUCUUAUGAGCAAAAAUCCAGUUUGGGCGGAAAGUGUUGUCCCGGAUUAGCCUGUGUUGACUGCACAGGCUAAUCUGGGAUGACACUUUAGGCAAAUGCUUUAAACCCCCUUUUCACAGAGCACUGCUCAUAAACUGAAGUCAGAACACUCUGCACAUUGUAAAUACAUGCCCUGGUCUUUCAUGUUUGCCAUUUUAUGGUUUGAAUUAAUCCUUUCAUUUCUCCCCCCCCCCCCCCAGUAGUUCUUCAAACUGUAAAUUGUCUAUGAAUGUUAAUAUUUUAUUGUAGCAUUUUAGCAUAAUCCAAUUAUCUUAAUAUCUUUUGUAUUUAUUGUUUAGCAAUACAUGUAUUUUGUAUUUAAUGUUACUUCAUUGUACAUAUAUCAUAUUGUAUAAAUAUUUUUGUAUAACCUUGCAUAAAGAGGCAAUAAUCUUUUGAUAUUAAAAUAAAUCUGAAUGGUUUAAGACAAAACAAUACAGAUAAAUAUAUAUACAACAAAACGUUUAGCCCAAAACUCAAAUGUUCAUAUAUUGUUAAAGAACUAUCAAUUUCAGUUCCACUGUGGUGCCCAACCAAUUUGACUUCAAUUCUCUUUAGCAUUGACUUAAAUACUUAUACUAAUAAAUGUCAUCGCCAAAAUCCAAAUAGGGAAAAUCAUUUUAAACUAGAUCUUUUUUGUAGCAGUUUGAACAGUUUUUAGAGUGAUAAGAUAAAAAAUAUAGAUGAAAACCAUUUUUAUGGAGCUGAUUUGCCAAAAGCUUGAUAUAUCCAUCACAGAGGUGGAGUGAAUCUAACCUUGUCCAAAAUGAAACUUGGUCAUUCCUCCAGCAAUUUGAAAAAAACUUACCUCAGGUGUGUGUAAUCAUUAAAAAAAUAUCAUGUUGUCUUCUUCCACUGAGGUAGACCACUCUUAGACAUAAAAGGUCAAAUUUGGACAUAAUUUUAUUUUCCUGAUGGUAAUUAUAAUCUUUAAGCUUUCACUUUUAAAAUAAAUUACCAAAUAUUUCCACCAUAUCAAAAGAGGAUGAGUCCCUAUAAAAAUUGAAGGUAAAAGAUAAUUGACCAUAAACCAGCUUGUCCUGACUGUUUCUUCAUCUUUUAUCGUGCAAAAUAAUUUACCUCAAAUGUUAACCAUAUGGCGAAGUUGUAUUGACCCUUUGGCAAAGGCCAAGGUCAUAUUAACCCUUGCCCCAUUAGAAGCAACGUGAAAGUGGCUUUUGCAACCAGCAUAAAACCAGGAAAGCUGCGAGAAACUCACAUUUUAGUUAGGUUUUAUACUGUUUCCUGCUCAUCAGUUGGAAAGGAAGCCUGUAAAACUUUAUUCUUGAAAAGAAAAAUUUGAAAUUGAAUAAAAAAUUUCUAAGGGACUACAAACAUGUCAAAGUGUGUUUAUAAGGGUUAAAGUCUAAAGGUCAAUUGUGUGCCUGGUGUAGCUUGUUAAAUUAUUAUUAUUGAGAAUGGACUCGACAUGUUGCCGAUGGGCAUCUAGUAUUGGAAUUGUCAUCAUUAGAGUAUAUAUGGAUAUUUUGUAAGUUAUACUUUCUUUUUUGGCAGCUUUAUUGGCAUUGUUUUAUUAUGAUUUCAUUGUAUGCUAAGCUUAGUGGGUUCACAUUAAUGUUUUUAUGUCAGGUGUAUUUAUAAUUUGCCUUUGAUACAACUGAUAAUUUGAUUUGUAUACCCAAACAGAGUAGGAGGCAUUAAGCAAUGCACUUGUCCAUCCGUACAUUGAUGUAUAUGUACAUACCAGCACUCAAGUUUUGUUUGGGUACUUAACCCAUUCAUGCCUAGUGGACUCUCCCAUCCUUCUAAAUUGGAUCCAUUUAUUUCCAAAAUUAUGGAUGUCUAGUAUAUUUAUUUCUAUAUUUAGAAGACUUUUUACAGAAAUUUCUUUAAGCAAACAGCGCAGACUCAGAUGAGAUGCCGCAUGAUGCGGCGUCUCAUCAUGGUCUACGCUGUUUGCAAAGUCCUUUUUCAGGACGCUAGGCAUAAAUGGGUUAACUGGUGAUAAUAGGAGUGUGUGGUUGUGACCAGUGUUGGCAGAAUUAUAGGCUUUGUCAGUUUUUCCAAUAUUGUCCCCAAAGUUGGGCGGAAACAGCUCAUCUUCAACAUUUUGAUUACAAUUUUGCAACAAAAUGACCUCAAUGUGUAGGUGAUUAAAAAAAACAGUUUUACUGCCACUAGUUUUGGCAGAAUUAUGGGCCUUUGUCUGUGUUUUUUUUACUCUGUUAUACAAAGUCCUGGUACACAAAAUGUUGUGUGCUCAACUCUUAUUUAACCCUUUCCCACUCAGAAGCAAAGUAAAAAUGGCUAUGUGCAAACGGCAUAAAACCAGAACAGCCUGCGAGUAACUCGCAGUCUGUUCAGGUUUUAUGCUGUUUGCUGCUCAUCAGUAUCUUAGGGUUGAAAAUGAAGCUUUUAAAACUUGAAUACAGUAAGAAAGGUCUUUAAUUAUAUAUAUAUAUAACUUUCUAAGGGACUACAAAUGCGCAAAAAUACGCAUCUAAUGGGUAAAUGGAUAUCUGCUUGGAAAAUUUCAUUAACCCUUCUCUGUUUAAUAACCUUUAUGUGUAGAUGAUCACAAAGGAAGCAAUUUUGGCUGUAACUAGUUUUGUGAAAAAUAUGGCCUUUUGUCAAUUAAAUGAGCUUCAUGAAAAAUUGGGAGUUCAUUUUGGGUCAGUUGGAUAAAGGUCAAGGUCACUGUAACUUGCUUAAUAAGGAUAUUGAUAAAUGUUUCUUCUCAAAAGCUUGAGUUUUUUUUGGAUAUUAUUCUGAAAAAAAAAAUAUUGGCAGCUUACAUGCAGACUUAGAAUAUUAUUGUUUAUGGGACCAGUUGGUUAAAGUUCAAGGUCACUGUUAUGUAGAUUAGAAAAAAAUAUUUCUCCACAAUAACUUGAACUUUGGAUAAGCAUAUUAAGCUGACAUUUUGUGUAGGUAUAUUACAUGCUUUUGAUUGCACAACUUUUCAAUUAAAUAACAUGUAUUUAAUACGUAUCUAAGUGGUAAAGGGUUAAAUAUGUAUCUAAGUGGUAAAGGGUUAAAUACAUAUCUAAGUGGUAAAGGGUUAAAUACGUAUCUAAGUGGUAAAGGGUUAAAUACGUAUCUAAGUGGUUAAGGGUUAAAUACCUAUCUAAGUGGUAAAGGGUUAAAUACCUAUCUAAGUGGUAAAGGGUUAAAUACGUAUCUAAGUGGUUAAGGGUUAAAUACGUAUCUAAGUGGUAAAGGGUUAAAUACGUAUCUAAGUGGUUAAGGGUUAAAUACAUAUCUAAGUGGUUAAGGGUUAAAUACCUAUCUAAGUGGUAAAGGGUUAAAAGACCUCAAUUCUUGCUCACUAAAACCUUUAUACCCAGUAGUCCCAAAAAAUGUGGUGCGCGACUCCUCUCCAAAAUGUGGUGCCCAACCCCUCUCCUAAAUGUGGUGCCCAACUCCUCUCCAAAAUGUGGUGCCCAACUCCUCUUCAAAAUGUGGUGCCCAACUCUUCUCCAAAAUGUGGUGCCCAACUCCUCUCCAAAAUGUGGUGCCCAACUCCUCUCCAAAAUGUGGUGCCCAACUCCUCUCCUAAAUGUGGUGCCCAACUCCUCUCCAAAAUGUGGUGCCCAACUCCUCUCCAAAAUGUGGUGCCCAACUCCUCUCCAAAAUGUGGUGCCCAACUCCACUCCAAAAUGUGGUGCCCAACUUCUCCACAAAAUGUGGUGCCCAACUCCUCUCCAAAAUGUGGUGCCCAACUCCUCCACAAAAUGUGGUGCCCAACUCCUCUCUAAAAUGUGGUGCCCAACUCCUCUCCAAAAUGUGGUGCCCAACUCCUCUCCAAAAUGUGGUGCCCAACUCCUCUCCAAAAUGUGGUGCCCAACUCCUCUCCAAAAUGUGGUGCCCAACUCCUCUCCAAAAUGUGGUGCCCAACUCCUCUCCAACAUGUGAUGCGCAACUUCUCUCCAAAAUGUGGUGCCCAACUCCUCUCCAAAAUGUGAUGCCCAACUCCUCUCCAAAAUGUGGUGCGCAACUCCUCUCCAAAAUGUGGUGCCCAACUCCGUUCCAAAAUGUGAUGCCCAACUCCUCUCCAAAAUGUGGUACCCAACUCCUCUCCAAAAUGUGGUGCCCAACUCCUCUCCAAAAUGUGGUUCCCAACUCCUCUCCUAAAUGUGGUGCCCAACUCCUCUCCAAAAUGUGAUGCCCAACUCCUCUCCAAAAUGUAGUGCCCAACUCCUCUCCAACUGCUUGGUGGCUGUGGUGCCCAACUCCUCUUCAACUGCUUGGUGGCUUUGGUUAAAUUUUUUACAUCCUAAUGACCUAAGUACUAAAUUCUUUAUUUGUAGGCGGUCAUAAGGAAAUGAAUUAAUAUCCAACACAUUUUGAGGAGGUGUGGCACUUUUGUUAACAAGAAUUGAAUACAUAAUAAGAUUUUUGUGUGUGAAUGCAAGACUUCUUGAAGUACCUAUUCGAUUAGAAUGUUUCUUAACAUUUGUCAUGGGGGCAUCUGAAUGUGGUGGCAUCGAUGUGGUUGACACAUCUUAUUUUACUUUCACUAAUACUAUUUAUCAUACAUAUGUCAAGUACUUCUUUGUUUCAAACAAGACAAAAUACUAAUAUUUUUAUACAAAAUGGACAUUUGAUUACAGUUUGAUUCGCCAUAACCUGUAUUAAAUGCCUUAGUUGCCUUAGAACCUUUAGAAUCAGUAAAUGCUUUGUUACUUACGGUGCCUAUGUUACCGGUAGUGUCUGCUAGUGCAGUAAGCAUUUGUCAAGUUAUUGUUAUUGUUUAUACUUAUUAAGCAUCUGUUACAUGAGCUGUGAUUGUUUGUACUUCCAAAAUAAACAUUUAAACUUGA